AUGUCUUUCGCUCCUAAUGCGCCGACCUUCUCUCCCAAAGGCGUCAACGGCACCCAACAGAAGCGCCAGCCAGAGAAGCAGGUGAGCACUCAUGCAUCACCGAAUCUGGAGGCCCGCAUUUUUAGCUUGGAGGAGGAUCGCGCAGACUUGCGUGGUGACGUUCGUUCACUGGAGCAACUAUACGAGGGACUAUCUCUCUCGGUGGAGAAGCUGAAGACAGGCGGCUGCUCGGCUCGACCUAGGGAGGCAGUGGACGUAUCUGAGUCGUACCAGAACGCUCUGCAGCUGAAGACGGAGUUGGAAAAGCUCAAGAGCGAAGUUCACACGCCAGUUUAUGGCGAUGAUGACGAUGAAAAGGCGAACGGACUGGCUACUGUCAAGGUAAAUGCCAGUGUACCUCCUCAUCUGAGAGCUUCAAGCGCCGUCAGCAACGGUACGAUCACGGAGUCUAUCCUACCGCACCUGCGAACGAAGCUUGAUGAUAGCAAUGGCACUGGGUAUGUCAUUCUACACUAUAAGUUCUUUCAGCACAAAAUCAAAAUUAACAACAUCAGUUCGGGCCAGUCUGUCAACGCAUCACCCAAAGACACUCGCAAUACAAAUGGUCAGGUCGACGGUCAUCUGAUUCCUGCACCGAAUCCUAGUCCGCCUGUAACCCCCAAGUUGGCGGUGCAGGAUGAUACGUCUACAAUCAAGCUACUGUCUCUCGAGCCAGCUUGGAAGCCCUACUACAUCCGCACUCUGCCAGCCCUUGAUGACGAAAUUCUUUCCAGGAUACCUCACGAGAAUAUGGUCACCUUCGAUCCCGAGUUCAUCCAGGUCACGCUCAGAGGGGAAUCCUGGUCGCCCGGCCUACACUUCAUGAGUGGUCCAGGUCCAUACGUGCUACGAAACCGCACCUACUACAUCCUCAACCCCCAAAACGAGCCCUUCCUACCCUCGGCCCCGGGCCAACACGGCGCAAAGCUCACUGCCUUCUUCAAGGAAUCCCCCGAGACUUUCCACUCCGACUUCGACCACGACGCAUGCUCCUACGCCAACGUCCCCAUGUUCGUCGAAACGAAAGGCUGCAACGGCCGCUUCCGCUACCUCUACUACGGCAAUUACAGCCAGACACGCUGGUCCGACAAGCUCGACCAUGACACCAUGAUGACCAAGGUGCCCCCUGCCAUCAAAUCGUACUGGGCCGAAGAACUCACCUCCGCCGCCCGCGAAGACUGGCUCACCGAAGAACUCAAACGCCACCUCUUCCCCCAGCCCGAAUACACCGGCGCCCUGUUCGCAGCACACGCAGACAACGACGACGCGACCAGCGUGGCCACGGCCGUAGAAGUCAAGGCCAACGAGCGCAUGGCGCGCGACGUGCGCAGCUAUGUCGAGGCGUUGCGCGAGUGGGACCGUGAGGCGCGCAUGAAGACGGCGCUGGUGAAGAAGCAGGUGGUGCUGGAUGCGUUUGAGGCGAGUGAUGCAGAUGAGGCACCGGCGCUGCGGCUGUGGUGGGAGUAUCUCGAGUGUGUGGAUUGGAGGCGCGACUUUUAUGAUCUUUUGGUUACGCUGCAGUCGAGGAAUGAGGAGUGGGUGAAGUGA